GAUCAAACAACAUGGCAGAAUACCAGCCAGCAUCAGCAGCACCACAGCGCACAUCAACAGGCGGCACGGCAAGUUAUCCGGGCUCGAUGGACGCGACCGAGGCAGACGCGGUGCCGAGCCUUGACGACGCGAGGCUGUUUGUCGGGUGGCUUUCGGAGUCGGUUGCGAGGGCUGCGCAGUUGAGUUCCAAGAUUGAGAUACCGCAGUAUGCGAAGGAUCUGUUGUUGGUGUUGAUUGAGUCGCUUGGAUCGCUGUAUAUCGAGGUUGCUCUAGAUCACACAACCGACCGCCUCGCCCAAGAAAAGAUCUCAGACACCCUCUCCGACACCAUCGACCGCCUCCUCCCCGCCUGCACCGACAUCCUGCAACUAAUCUCCAACACCGCCAACAAGCUUCUAAUGGAACUCGCGGCUGACUCGUCCGCCACGCGGAAGGAGAUGAGCCAGGUGCUGAUGGACUAUGUGGCCGCGGUCGAGCGGAAGAUCAAGACGCUUGAGACGGCGAAGGCGGCGCAGCAGGCUGCGUUGGCUUCUGCGAGUUUGCAUGCGGGAGGGGGGAGUAAACGGAGGUGGAAGAAUUUGAGGGGUGGGAAUUAGUGUAAAUCUGUUGAGAGCUGAGAGCUGAUAGAUCAAGGCUGAUAUAGAGCAAGGCUGAUAUAGAUCAGAGUUGAUAGGAUCAUGAGGGUGGUGAUUGGAGUUACGGGACAAAUUACAUAAAUGUACAUAUACACACAUCAACAGAUAUCAUACAC